GUGGGACACCUGUCGAGAGGUCCCCAUGGUCGAAGACGAACAUACGCCGUGGAAACUUAUCAAACUACUCAAGAUCAUUUGUCUUUUGUUAGUCGCUCUGAUGGUGUUCGGGUUGGCCCUCUGCAGCAAGACGUCUUUCCUCCUCCUUGUCACUUUGGCAAAUGAAGGCACACAAGUCCUGUCAUCGGAGCACAAACCCGUCGCUCUGCUGUGUAUCGGCUGCUCUCUCAUCGCCUCCAGUGUCCUUCUACUUCUCAAAAGCCUGUGGAAGGCCUGCUACAAAACGUCAAAGAUGCCAGGAAAGAAAACUAUUGCUAUGGUUCUGUUUUUCGAGUUUCUCGUGUCAGUGGGCGCGGCGAUCCUCACCAUCGUGGCGAUGCCACACUUGGACAUCGUGACCAACGUGAUGAUACUGAACGGUGUAGCCGUCCUCUCUACGCUGCUUCAGGUGAGCGCUCAGUGCAAAGCCAAGGAGAAGAACCACUACCUGCUGCCAUCCAUCAGCGCCUUCCUCCUCAUUCUGCUGGGUUACAUCCUCUUCAUUGUCCUGUACAUCAUGAAGGAUCCUACUGACAUCAAGAAGCUAAUGUGGGUGGGUCUGGCUGUCGGUGCGUCCUUCUUGGUCUCCUUCAACUGGUGGGAGAACUAUUUCAAAUUGAUCAGCAAGGACAGCAGCUCCGUCUUCCUCAAGGAUAUUUGUAAAGAGGCAACAAGGUGUCAGAACAUCCUGCACAUCCUCUCCAGCGUGCUCAGGAUCGGGGUGACCGCCUGUGUGCUCGGAGCCUACGUCCCUCUGGCCAAAAUGGACUGGGACAUCGUGACGUCCAUCCCGAGCCGUGAGACCAGGGUUAUAGUCAUCAUCAUCGGGGUGCAGCUGAUCUCCUCAGCGCUCUGCCACUGGUUCGCGGUUGCCGGCUGCAAGAUGCACGCCCUGCGACGAUGCUUCAUCCUGCCUUUGUACCUGGCCUCUCUGGCUGUCAUGGCUCUGCUCGUCGUCCCUGUCAUCGUUUACUAUCAGCAGUACAGGGUCAGUCAGAAUGGAACCGCAAGCAUCAACUUCACCAGCUACUGCGACGUGGUUGUGGAUGGAACAAACCGCAACCUGAAUGGCAGCGUGUUCCCACAGCUGGUUUUAGAUGUUACACACACUCUGUGCUUCCUGGACAUGUCCAAAAUAACCGACAUUGGCUUACUGACAGGUUCAGCCGUGGCCUGGUGGCUCGGGCUUGUGUUGGCCACUGUCCACCUGUGGUAUCUCAAUGUGAAUCGUAUCCAGAGAACCCAGGACAUAUUUGUCCGGAGGCUGUACGAAGGAGCGUUUAUCGAGCAGUCCUUGCUACUCAACACCCGCUUCGACAUCCAGUCCAAAAACAGGAAGAAGAAUUUUAAGGGCUUGGAACCAGUGAUGGUGUAUCUGUGUGCGACCAUGUGGCACGAGACCUACAAUGAGAUGAUGAACAUCAUUAUAUCGAUAUUCAGACUGGACAGGUACAGACCAAAGACAGACCCCAAGUUCGACGAUUUCUCCUUCGAAGCCCACAUAUACUUUGAUGAUGCGUUCGAGGGGAGUCAAGUGCGUCGCCUCAACAAAUACGCAAAGAACCUCGUGGAAAUCUUGAAAGAAGUUUACGGCAUCUUUACAAACGUUGAUGAUAAGUUCUUCGUGAAGCGGCAUUACUUCCCCGACCAGACGCUCAUAACGACACCGUACGGAGGUCGCCUCGUCAUCACCAUGCCUCACGGGAACCACAUCAACGUUCACUUCAAGGACAAAGACCUCAUCCGCCACAGGAAGAGAUGGUCUCAGGUUAUGUAUCUUUACUAUCUCCUGGGCUGGAAACUCAUGACUAAGUAUCAUGCCCGCUGGCAGAAGGGAUGUGAAGAGAAGGAGCUGAGAGCAGAGGUCCAGAAAGAGAAGCACAACACCUACAUCCUGGCUUUAGAUGGAGACACAGACUUCCAGCCGGCCGCUGUGAUGCUGCUCAUCGAUCGAUUGAAAAUGUACCCACGUGUCGGGGCAGCAUGUGGGAGGAUUCACCCGACGGGAUCAGGUCCUGCCGUGUGGUUCCAGAAGUUUGAGUACUCUGUCAGUCACUGGCUGCAGAAGACAGCGGAGCACGUGAUUGGCUGCGUGCUGUGCAGCCCCGGCUGCUUCAGCCUGUUCAGAGCAGAGGCCCUGAUGGACGACAACGUGAUGAAGAGAUAUUCCACCAAGUCCAUGCAGGCGAGCCACUACAUCCAGUACGACCAAGGUGAGGACCGCUGGCUCUGCACGCUGCUGCUGAAGCAGGGAUGGAGGGUGGAGUACAACGCCGCCUCCGACGCCUACACCAACGCACCUGAAGACUUCAAAGAAUUAUACAACCAGCGACGGCGAUGGGGACCAUCCACACUGGCCAAUGUGGUGGAUCUGCUGAGCUCCACCAAGACCAUUUGCAAGAAGAACCCGUCCAUCUCAAAACCCUUCAUGUUCUACCAGCUCUUUGCCAUGGUCUCAGCCAUUCUGGGACCUGCCACCAUCUGCCUUUUAACUGCAGGAAGUCUGUCCUUCAUCUUUGAGAUGCACGGCGCUGCAGCUCUGGUGAUCGCUGUGAUGCCUCCAGCCAUCUACCUGGGUCUUUGCUUCAAGCUGAAGGCGGACACUCAGAUCAAUGUGGCAGCAGGUUUAAGCAUCAUAUAUGCAUUCCUCAUGUUGGUGGUGACGAUGUCCAUCAUCGGUGCAAUGAUCAAGGACAAAACCAUCCUGACACCCAGCAGCAUUUUUGUCAUCGCCAUGGCCUGCAUUUAUGUCAUCACAGCAAUAUUGCAUCCUCAGGAAUUCCACCUUGUGUUCUACGGCUUUCUCUACAUCCUCUGCAUUCCCAGCGCUUACCUCCUGCUCACCAUCUACACCAUGGUCAACAUGAACAACGUGUCCUGGGGCACCAGGGAGACGAAACCUGCCGGUGAGGCUGCCGCGCCUGAAGUGCCCACCCCGCAGUUGACAACGCAGAAAGCCAAUAGCGCCUACCAGCGUGUCUCCACAUGGUGGAAAUGUUGUAAAAAGCCCAGCCAGAGGUCUCAAGAUCCGCAGCUGACUGUGAGCCAGGAGAGCAUGGUCCCAGAGCCCGUACAGGCCGAGCCUCUGCCCCAAAACACCAUCGUGGAAGACAACAGGAUCCCAGAGGAAGAGCAGAGUCUGGCAACACCUGCUUUCGACUGUCCGGGCCAAAGUUGGAUCACGGAACUGCAGGAGUUUUCCACUGACAUGCAGCUGCUGGAGGAAAAACUGGACGAGGAAGAGCUGGGGUUCUGGACAGAACUGCAGGAGAAGUACCUGAAACCUCUGCCCGACGACAAAGAGAGACAGAAGAAGAUGGCCAAUGACCUGCGGGAGCUCAGGAACAAGAUCAACUUCGCCUUCUUCAUGGCGAAUGGCCUGUGGCUGGUGGCGACCUUCACCCUGCAGGUCUUCAACGCCGUCUUCGCCAUCAGGCUCCCAAAAGUCACGCUCGACCUGGAAUACACCGGAGAAGACGCGCAAAUCGACCCCAUCGCCUUCAUGUUCAUUCUGGGAUUCGCCUCGUCGGUCAUCAUUCAGUUCUUCACCAUGAUUUACCAGAGAUUUUACACCCUGAUCCAUUUUGUAUCCUUCCUGGACACCGAGCCCAAAGAACAAAAACCCAAAAAAACUAGAUACAAGAAAGGCAAAAAGGGCUCCUCGGCCGACACCGGCUCCACCAUCGGCUCCAGCUCCACCAUCGGCUCCAGCUCCACCAUCGACCACGGCUCCACCAUCGACUCCGGCUCCACCGACGACUCCCAGGACGACUCCGAUUUUGAGGAAAUUGACUUUGAUUCGAGUUCUUACAACGGAACUCUUGAUAGAGGGACUAUGGUGUGAACACAGACUCUCAGCACAAGCAAAACCUUUUUAGCACUUGGAAAUUCCUGCUGUAGAUAAGAUUUUAAAAAUGUAUUUACAUAUACAUGUUUUAUUUAUGUGAAGUCUACAUUUAUUCAUGUGAUUUGUUGAACCUUUGCACGAAAAGAGAAAACGACAAAGCAAAGAACAACACAACCGAUUGUUAUGAAGGAUCUGUUCUGUUACACAGUAAAUCUUUGCUGCUUCUAUUUGUAAUGUGAAGAGGAAUGAAUGAAGUUUAGUGUCCGCUGACUGAAGAAAAGUCAGGGGAGUCUGGUUUAUGUUUGUCCCUUAUUUAUUGAUAAUCACACUAAUUUAAACUGUUUUACUGCCUUUAUUGUCUAAAGAUUUAUUAGUGCAGUCUUCUUCUCUACUUCUGUCUGUGUAGAAUAAACACGUGAGCUGAAAGUGUUUGCUGCCUUCAAAAGAGAAAUCUCUUCUUUUUUAAAUAAAAGCUGCUCUCGUGUAACACAAAAACUGUAAAGAGCAAAUAUAUCAAAUAUAGAUUAGGAUUUUUUUUUAUAUUUAUUUUUGAAUGAAUCAGAAAGAAGAGUCUAACAAACUAAAGGAUUUUGUUUCUUCGUUUUGCAGUUUUACAUUUAAUAUGACAAUGUGAUUCGUCUGUUACUGUUUAUGUUCCUGUCUGUUUGUAAAAAAGCAC